UAGACAUCCAGCUUAGAGGCUGCCACAGUAUACAUUUCACAACCGGAAAUCAGAACCCUAAACCCCUUCUUACCGCCACAGCCACCACCUUCGUCGGCCGCAAUGAACAGAGCAUUCUGCCGUAUGCUCCGCCGCCGCAUUCCACCUAUAUUCUCGAGUUACUCGUCCAGUCCAUGCGUAUCAACUCACUACCUGUCGAGUCCCCUCCCCACUUUCAAGACCACGAGGAGUUACAGCGCGAAUUUCUCCGAUCUGAGGGCCCGAGUCGCCGCCGCUGACCGGGCGCUACAGGAAAUAACCUAUCAAGCCCAGCGAGAGCGGCAGCGGGAGAGAGAGGAACGGAUAAAAGCGGGCCUGGACGUGGCGGACCUCGAUCGAGAGGAACAGGAGGAUUACAUGGGCGUUGGACCCCUCAUUGAGAAGCUAGAGAAGGAGAAGAUGAAGGGGGACCCGCCGGAUUUGAACCGGUACGAGGAGCCCACGGAUUCGGAUUCCGAUGACGACGAGAGGUUCUCUCGGGAGGCAGUCAACAAGCAGGUAGAACAGUUCGAUAAGAAAUUCAAGAAGCACGAGGAGUUGCUCGAUAAGUUCACCAAGACUGAGACUUUGGAUGAAGCCUUCCAGUGUAUGAAAAGAAUUGACAAAUUUGAAGAGAAGCACUUCAAGCUAAGACCUGAGUAUCGUGUGAUUGGUGAGCUCAUGAAUCGGCUGAAAGUAGCUGAGGGAAAGGACAAGUUUCUUCUUCAGGUGAAGAUAAAUCGAGCACUGAGGCUGGUGGAGUGGAAAGAUGCAUUUGAUCCUAAUGACUCAGCAAAUUAUGGUGUUAUCCAGCACGAGCAGGUUGGGUCCUCAGUUGAUCACAUGGAGCUUGACGAGAUGGAGAAGGAGCAGCAGAGUACGAAAGGUGGAGAAGAUGAUGACGAGUUUGAGUUUGAUGACUUGAAGGAGAAGGACAACAUAUUGUUGGAAAAGCUUAAUGAACUGGAUAAAAUCCUUGAGCAGAAACUGGCGGAGUUGGAUCACACUUUUGGAAAGAAGGCAAAAGUACUGGAGGAGGAAAUUAGAGAUCUUGCUGAAGAAAGGAACUCAUUGACUGAGCAGAAGAGAAAGCCCCUCUACAGAAAAGAAGAUUUGAGAAAUAUUUAUGCUCUGGUGAAACCACUAGCCAUUACUCUCGGAAAGGAUGAGCAGCAGUUUAUUGCCGGUGGAAGAAAUUGGUAUGUGCUGUCAUAUUGUUACUCUAUUAUGAUAAGGUUCGAUGGUACUCUUAAAGUGGGAUUGGGGAGCGGUUUUGAUGUGAAGCUUAUUGAUGUCAAUCGGACCUGUAAAGUGACUAAGGGUGGACAAGUUGUGAAGUAUACUGCCAUGUUAGCUUGUGGAAAUUAUCACGGUGUUAUUGGUUUUGCCAAAGCAAAGGGUCCAGCAAUUCCGGCUGCUCUUCAGAAGGCAUAUGAGAAAUGCUUUCAAAAUCUCCAUUAUGUAGAGCGACACGAGGAACACACAAUUGCUCAUGCAAUUCAGACAUCGUACAAAAAAACAAAGAUUUAUCUUUGGCCAGCUCCUACUCAAACAGGGAUGAAGGCAGGUAGAACGGUCCAAACGAUUUUAAGUUUAGCUGGAUUCAAGAAUGUAAAAUCCAAGGUUGUUGGAUCGAGAAAUCCUCAUAACACUGUCAAGGCUGUGUUCAAGGCUCUUAACGCGAUUGAAACUCCGAAAGAUGUUCAAGAAAAGUUCGGCAGAACUGUAGUCGAGUCAUACUUGCUGUAACAGGGUACUGAGUUAGAUCUGUAACUUUGCUUUUUCUUUUGUUUCUUUUUACCUUCUUUCUUUUGUGCCUUGGGGUUUUGGGUUAUGCUGAAUGUGUUCUUCCCCCCUACACUUGAAAGAUGAUGCAUAAUUGGCAAAGAAGGGAAAAGUGAAAACACAAUUUGUAUAAUUUGGUUGUUUUUUGCUGAGUUUUGGCAAGUGUUUUACAUAAUUUAUCAUGUGAAAUUCUUUGAUUAAAGAAUGAUGAGAGAAGCAUUGUUAUUUUGUAAAUUGUAACCUGAAGGCUGAAAUAUUUAUGAAUUAUGUGGCUGCAGAUAAUAACA